AAAAGACGCAUUUACAUAUACUGUAGCUGUGUUCCAUCUCCGUCGUUAUGUGGCUUUAUCCACUAUAACCGUUUCAGUUAAUGUGUAUGUUUGUAUUUAAGCUGCUGGUUUGGACAAUUAAAUCAUAUAUUUUAAACAGCCAAAUGCUUUCUACUCUCAUAAACGGAACACAAACGUAGCUAAUGAAAUCGCUGGCGAUGUCUGCAGAACCAUGCGGGAUUGAGCUGCAACAGUCGACCAUGUACAUUUGGGAGGGCCUGAAGUAUUAAUGUUUUCUGAGAAGAUGCACCCGUCUCUGCGUAGCGUGAGUGAAGGCAAAGCAAUGGAUUCCAGUUCGGAUCUGGGCGAUCAAGAGGCCUGCCCAGAACGUGAGCAGGAAAGUCAGCUGCUCGGCCUCCCGCUAAAGCUGCGCCAGCGGCUGAUGCCUUUCCAGAGGGAGGGAGUCAAAUUUGCACUGGCCAGAGAUGGACGGUGUAUGAUUGCGGAUGAGAUGGGGCUUGGAAAGACGGUCCAGGCUAUCUCAGUGGCCUACUUGUACAGGAAGGAGUGGCCCCUGCUCAUUGUAGUCCCUUCCUCUCUCAAGUACCCCUGGAUUGAGGAGAUGGAAAAGUGGAUCCCUGAGCUGAACCCAGGUGACAUUAACCUAGUGGAGAACAAGAUGGACGUCUCGGGCAUCGGCAGCAGUAAGGUCACUAUUCUGGGGUAUGGGCUGCUCACCACAGACGCCCAGGUGCUGGUGGGGGCCCUCGCCAGGCAGGACUUCAGGGUGGUGGUGGUGGACGAGUCCCAUUACCUGAAGUCCAGGAACGCGGCCCGCAGCAAGCUCCUGGUGCCCCUGAUCCAGAAGGCUCGCAGGGCCCUGCUGCUGACAGGCACCCCGGCGCUGGGGCGGCCUGAAGAGCUUUUCAUGCAGAUUGAUGCUCUGUAUCCCAGAAGAUUCGGAACAUGGUCAGACUAUGCCAAGCAAUAUUGUAAUGCCCAUUACAGGUUUUUUGGGAACCGUCGGCAGUGGGACUGUCGAGGCGCGUCCCACCUGGAGGAGCUGCACCAGCGGCUCAAUGAGAUCAUGAUCCGCCGGCUCAAAGCGCAGGUCCUCACCCAGCUCCCCCCCAAAAUCCGCCAGCGCAUCCCGUUCGACCUUCCCAAAGAGGGAGCCAAGGAAGCGCACGCCAGCUUCGAGGAAUGGGAGAAGCUGAUGCGGAAGCUGGGCUCUGGGAGUGACGACAACCCCUUCGUGGAAGUGAUGGGGCUCAUCACACGCAUGUACAAACAGACGGCCAUCGCCAAGGCGGGGGCCGUGAAGGACUACAUCAAAAUGAUGCUGGAUAACGAGAGGCUGAAGUUCCUGGUGUUCGCGCACCACCUCACCAUGCUGCAGGCGUGCACCGAGGCCGUCAUCGAGGCCAAGGCGCGGUACAUCCGAAUCGAUGGGAGCGUCCCGUCAUCCGAGAGAAUCCACCUGGUUCACCAAUUCCAGAAUGAUCCGGAAACGCGGGUGGCCGUCCUCAGUAUUCAGGCUGCGGGACAGGGCCUGACGUUCACCGCUGCCACGCACGUGGUGUUCGCAGAGCUCUACUGGAACCCCGGCCACAUGAAGCAGGCGGAGGACCGCGCCCACAGAAUCGGCCAGACCAGCUCCGUGCACAUCCACUACCUCAUCGCCAAGGGGACCUUCGACACCAUCAUGUGGGGCAUGCUGAACAGGAAGGAGACAGUAACCGGCAGUACCUUAAACGGGAGGAAGGAGUACCUGAAGGCCGAUCUCGGGGACAAGGAGAAGUGGGACUUCCUGAACUUCGCCGACGCAUGGACGCCCAGCGAGGCUGUGGUACAGGAAGUCAAAGACAACGACGGCGUGUUUUUCUCCCACUUUGAGAAGGACAGGCAGCACGACAUUCGCAAGUUUUUCUCGCCGAGCUCAUCCAAGGAGAAGAAGAGGAGGAGAACCGAGGAGGAGGGCUCGCCCCUCCCAUCGUCUGAGAUGGGGGAAGAGCGAGGGGAUCUUGCGGUCCGAAAAUCAGAGGGACAGAGUCUGGAGGGGGACGUUGACGCUCGUCUGGAGGGGCCAGAAGAUGAUGAGGACUUUGCCCCCCUGAACAAAAAGAUUCGGUUUGCGAGCCCCCAGCAGCCCGCGGGGAGGAAGAGGAGGUCCCUGACGGGGAAGGCCUCCCCGCUGCCCACGCUGGCUUCGCUGGCCCCCCGUCGGUUGUCGGAGGGAGGCCGACCACCUCCAGCGAACGUGGUGAAGGAGUGGAGCUGUGGAGCCUGCACCUACGCAAACAGCGCCCUCCUGUCCUACUGCGAGAUGUGUGCCACGCCAUGCCCUGAUGGAGCCGCCAGCAGUGGCUCCAGCAGCACUUCAGGGGCCGGCUGGCCCACAGCCCCAGCACGCCCGUGUGUGGUGAUCUCCAGCUCUGACGGCGAGCCGGACCCCAGCCCCAGCCCCGGCCCCUGCCCCUGCCCCAGCCCCUGCCCCAGCCCCGGCCUCCCGUCCCGGGCACCAGGGCAGGAGGAAUCAGAAGCGGAGAGAGGAGGAAAGUCGGAGGAAGACGGGCGUGAGAGGAUGGACUCGCCAGGAGAGAGCUCAGCAUCCCACAGCAUUGCCGAUGACGAGAGCGUCUGCGAUCCUGCCCAUAGCAGCCUCCCCCUGUACGAAAGCCUGCAGUUCUGUGCCAGCUGCAACUCAGACCGGAUCUACCUCUACACCAAGGAGGGCAGUCCACUGAACUGCAACUUCAUCCCCAUGGACAUCAAACUGGACAGCUGGGAGGACCUGUCAGAGGCUUUCCAACGGCGGGAAAACAGGCGGCAGGUGCUGCAGUUCGUGCGCGAGUGGAGCACCCUGACGUCUAUGAAACAGAGGGUGGUGCGUCGGAGCAGACGCCUGUUCCACAGCCCCAUCCUGGCCCUGAGUGACAUCACCAGUGGCCAGCGCAGGCAGAGCAUCACCAAGAGGUACCUCACCAAAGAGGACGUGGCCGAGGCGUCCCUGAGCCGGGCCCAGAAGGACGGGGGCACCGUCCGAACCGUCGCCAAGGAGGCCUUCUUCACCAAGAGGACACCCGCCAAGAUGGCCGACUCCGUACCGGUCAACAGAGAGGAACAGAGCUCUGGCCCCGCUCCGGAGGCCGGGUACCUGCAGGCUGUGGACAGCGAGGGCUCCCCCCUGUGCCUGCAGUGCCAGCGGCCCUGCGGGGAGGGCAGUUCCUGGGACGGGCGUUUCUGCGGCCGGGCGUGUCAGGAGGAGUUCCAGGUGCGCUCCAGCCAGGCGUACAUGCGCAUGCGCGUGCUGGAGACGGAGCACGGCGUGUGCCAGACCUGCGGCCUCCAGGCCCACCAGCUCUUCCAGUCUGUACGCGACGCCCCGCCCGACUGCAGGAAGGAGAUGCUGGAGAACACCUGGCUGUCCCAGCUUCCUCUCAGACAGCUCAAUGAGAUGAUUCGUAGCCCUGCGGAGGGCCAGUUUUGGCAGGUAGACCACAUCCGGCCGGUCUACAGUGGGGGAGGCCAGUGUUCCCUGGAAAACCUGCAGACUCUGUGCACAGUCUGUCAUCGAGAGAGGACCACCCAACAAGCCAAGGAGAGGAGCCAAAUGAAGAAAGGACUGGCUGCCUUCAAGGUGGCGUCGGACAUCACCCGGUUCUUUAUCAAGAAGUGAGGAUUCCCAGCAAUGGGGCGCCCCCGCACCCUGCGAUUCCCCCGAAUCUGUCACUGUCACGCCUCCAUUCUCCGCUCGCCAACAUGACAACGUCUCCACGCUCCCCUCCACCACCGCCUCCAACACACCACCACCAGGGCUCUCGCGUCUCAUUUACGCUCACGGUCCAGGAGCGGAGGAGCUUUGGCAGGGGCCUGCCUCUCCUUUCCAAGGUCACCGUACAGUAAACUAGAGGCAGCAGUGCUGGAUGGAGCAGCAUAAAGCCCCUAAUCCACAGCCAUCCUCCGCACAAUCACAUCUUCCGCUUCGAAGUGAUUUACGACCGAGCGGAGGGGUCUAGGAGGGACAGUGAAAAAUGGGAGAUCCUUUUCACGUCUUUAGGAAAUGCAAACAAGAGGUCUUUUAACUGAUGACUGGGACACGACGGAGGCGAACGCGCGCCACGCUUGACACGGAGGCGCCGACUGCCUGCCGACGGCACCGCUUACACCUUCAAACGCAAACACUUCUCAUUAGCCAAUGCGCAAUCUAUCAGUUUCCAGCUACCGCCACCUUUCAGCGGAGGAAAUGUUUGUGUGUUGGAGGAUUAAAGGCUCGUAAGAUGGCACCCUCUCCACCACCGGGUUUUCUGUCGCGACUUUCAAGCUCGCACACCGAUCUCAACACAUCCAUCUACGCUUGACGUGUGUUUCUCGCAAGUAAACUCGAGAUGGGGGGGAGAAGAGCCGAAAGUUACUAUGGAAACGGACUGUGCUGAGUGAUAAGCUGUGCUGAGAAUAUUAAAUUGUUUCGCAGCUCACUUUCUGUUUAUAGAAAUGCUACAGGACAGGCUGGCUAACAGCACCCAGUCAAACUGUGAACAGCUCUCCUGCAGUGUGCUUCACUGCGCUCGCCCAUGUUCCAAAUUGUUUUUCUUUUAAAAUGUCUGGAGCUGAACAGAAUUAUAUUAAUAAACAUUUGAAGUUUAAAAAAAAAAAAAAAAAAAAACAUGUUUUCCCUACUUCUGAUUCCAAUUAACUGGCGCUUAAUUAGAACAGUGAUAGGUGUGAAAAUUGGGAUUUGAUUAAAACAUUGCACUUGCCGUGUUUGCGGAUUGCUGUGUAAUCCUGUGUGCAUCCAAGUCAUUUCAAGGACUCUUUGUCCAAGUAAGUAACCUGCAUUGGCUCAGACCACCUCUCUUGAAGCAUCUCCAAUGCGGAGAGACUCUAGGCGAAUUUCCCAGAAACUUUGAAGAGCUUCAUUAUUUUUGCUGAGACAACAAACAACCAAAUAGGCCUUGGACAGACUCAAGCAGAAUACCCUGUCCCCAUGGUUCAAAAGGAAACAACAAACACUUUGUGUUGAAACCUGCCUGCCUUGUUUGCCGGGAAAUCACAUUCUGCAGAGAAUAAAGGGAAUAAUUGUUCUUUGCUUUUAUUUUUUUUGCCGUUGAGUGUUUGCCUGGCAGUUCUCGGUUCAGAUGUUCAGAUAAAAAGUGUAUAAAUUAUAUUGAUUAUAGAUUUAAAUAAUAGUGGAUGACGCUCUAACCUUGCAUUAGCGGCACAUUCUCACUUGCUGUUUAAUUCCUCCUGCCUUUCUCUUUCAUGCUUUCUGUGUCUCCUUGUUUAUUCUGUACUGUCUUAUGCCUUCAUCUUUUUCUAUAAUUGACAGUACCAUUGCAGCUCAACUAUGGUACUGCAUCUCCGUUGAAUAACAUUAUAUACUUUUUAUGAUUGUAGAUUUUUGUACUUGUUCAGUUAAUGGGAUGUUGUCACAUAUGGUCCUUGCAGCCGGCUAAUGUUUGAAUAAAAACCUUAGCCACUUACACCUUCAAAAUCAAAUCCAUUUUAUUUGUAUAGCGCUUUUUAAUGAGAACUUCCUGAAAGGCACUUAAGGAACUGAAGGAAAAUUGGGCACAUUCAAAAUGGAAACCAUUUUUAAGAUUGUUGCCACAAGAUAUCUCGUGUGACUUAUGAAUAGUAGCAUAUACUGCAAAAGCUUUCAGACCCUUGAUCAAUUUUCACAUUAUACAUUUUUGUUGUAAUGAAU